AUGUCGUCGAGGAACGUGAGCGCGUCCCAGGCCGGCGCGCCUCGGCAGCAGAGGCCAGAGGGAGGCGAGGACCGCGCGACAGUGGCACGGGUCCGAGUCAAGGAGGAGCGGCGGCAUGCAGCGGAGGAGGUCCGCGGCGGCGGAGGGCUGGCCGGCGCGGCAGAGCGCGGCGGUGAGGAUGCGGAACGUGGCGGUGUCAGGGGCCGCGUGCGGCGCGACGCGGAGGAGCAUGGCGGGGGCCGCGUGGAGGAGCAUGUCAUCGAGCCGCUUCUUGUAGAAGUUGACCAAAUCUAUCACCUUGCUUGCCCUGCUUCACCAAUCUUCUACAAGCACAACCCUGUUAAGACCAUCAAGACAAAUGUUAUUGGUACCCUGAACAUGCUAGGACUUGCAAAGAGAGUUAGAGCUAGGAUUUUGUUAACAUCAACCUCUGAAGUUUAUGGUGAUCCACUUGAGCAUCCUCAAACUGAGGCCUACUGGGGCAAUGUUAACCCGAUUGGUGUUAGGAGUUGUUAUGAUGAGGGUAAGCGUGUAGCAGAGACGUUGAUGUUCGACUAUCACAGGCAGCAUGGCAUUGAAAUCCGAAUUGCCAGGAUUUUCAACACCUAUGGGCCUAGGAUGAACAUUGAUGAUGGUCGUGUUGUUAGCAACUUCAUUGCUCAGGCUGUGCGCGGUGAGCCCCUGACUGUCCAGAGGCCAGGAACACAGACUAGGAGUUUCUGCUAUGUUGCCGAUAUGGUUUGUCUUCCACUGCAUUCUCAAUUGGUUUGUUGUUGGUCAAAAGACUGCCGCUGCAGCAGACUAGCAGACGCAGCGAGCAGCGCUAAGAUGGAUCUGGCUGGCCAGCCCGGGCCUGCAGGUUGCUGA